GGAAUUAGGGUUUUUCAACUUUUCUUUUCUGAUCAAUACAUAUAAUGAGAGAUUCUAGUUUAGAUCUGUUUGAUCCUAGGACGGCGGUCAUGGACUCCAACUAUUCGGCUGAACCCGGUCGCGCCGAUGGAGAUUUUGGUUUUGCCUUCAACGAUAGCAAUUUCUCUGAUCGUGUUCUUCGCAUCGAGAUCGUUUCGGAUCCGCUUGAGGCUAGACCUGAUGGAGAGGGUUAUUUGAGCUUAGCCGAUUGGUGUAGGGAUCGGAAGCGACGCAGGGAAGAUGUUAAAAGAGAAAACCCUUUCACAGCUGUAGACAUUGCUGCUGGGUGUCAAGAAGAACAAAUUCUAAAUCAGCCUGAUCAUAUUGAUGAUGGUGUGGACACUGAAAAUCAGGACGAAGAACCUGCAGCAAUGAUUGAAGAGGCACCAUCAGAUGAAGGUGCAAAUGACAAUGAUUCAAACUGGAGUAUGGAGUGCUCAAAAGUUUUGAGGGUUAAAACCUUACAUAUUAGCUCUCCAAUUUUAGCUGCAAGAAGUCCAUUUUUCUACAAGCUCUUUUCAAAUGGGAUGAGGGAGUCAGAACAGCGUUAUGUAAACUUGCGGAUCAAUGCCUCUGAGGAAGCUGCCCUCAUGGAACUUCUGAACUUUAUGUACAGCAAUUCUUUGACAGUGACUGCUGCUCCUGCUCUGCUUGAUGUGCUGAUGGCUGCGGACAAGUUUGAGGUUGCUUCAUGCAUGAGGUAUUGCAGCCGUUUGUUGAGAAAUUUGCCCAUGACACCUGAAUCUGCACUACUUUAUCUGGAACUUCCUUCCAGUGUUCUAAUGGCUGAAGCAGUUCAGCCAUUGACUGAUGCUGCAAAGCAGUUCCUGGCUAUUCGCUACAAAGACAUAACCAAAUAUCAAGGAGAGGUUCUUAACUUGCCUAUUGCCGGGGUGGAGGCAAUUUUGGCUAGCAACGAUCUCCAGGUGGCAUCCGAAGAUGCGGUUUACGACUUCGUUCUCAAGUAUGCCAGGUUUCAGUACCCUAUCAUAGAGCACCGACGUGAAAUUCUCGGGAACCGUCUUUCGCAGUUUAUCCGCUUCCCUUACAUGACAUGUAGAAAGCUCCGGAAGGUCAUGACUUGCCCUGACUUUGAUCCCGACUUUGCACAAAAGGUGGUAGUCGAAGCACUCUUCUUCAAGGCCGAGGCCCCUCACAGGCAGCGAACCCUUGCCGGUGACGAAAACCCUAACCUGAACCGCCGGUUCGUGGAGCGGGCAUACAAGUAUCGGCCCGUGAAGGUGGUCGAGUUCGAAUUGCCACGCCCACAAUGCGUGGUGUACUUAGAUUUGAAGCGUGACGAGUGUGCAAGAUUGUUUCCUUCCGGAAGGGUCUAUUCUCAGGCGUUCCAUUUGGGCGGGCAAGGGUUUUUCUUGUCGGCACAUUGCAACAUGGAUCAACAAAGCUCGUUUCACUGUUUCGGGCUUUUCUUGGGAAUGCAGGAGAAAGGGUCGGUGUCUUUUGCGGUGGACUACGAGUUUGCAGCGAGGUCAAAGCCAACGGAAGAGUACGUUAGCAAGUAUAAAGGGAAUUACACAUUUACGGGGGGAAAGGCGGUGGGGUACCGAAACUUGUUCGCGAUUCCGUGGACUUCGUUUAUCGGGGAGGAUAGUGUUUACUUCAUCGAUGGCAUUCUUCAUCUUAGGGCUGAGCUUACAAUUAGGCACUGAAACUAACAACCGACAAAGGUUUUUUGUUGGUGUUGAAGAAGAAGUAGACGUAAUUUAACGCAAAAUGAAAACCGAAUUCGAAAAUGUAAAUGAAGACAACUUUUUGUUUGUUAGUAUUUGGUUAGAGGGUAUGAUAACACAUGACUUACUGAAUGUAGUCAUUUUUGGUGAAUAUAAAGAAAAUGAAAUCUCAGAGUUUGGUAAAUCACCCUGAUUCACCAUGUUGAUUGGUAACGUUUGGUAUGUAAACAUGAUUGAACUGAACAUGACAGGUUGUUUGUCUGAUGU